AUGACCCUUUGGAGCAUGUGGAAAAGUCGUAAUGCCAAACUAUGGGAGUCUACGGAUACCUCUCCCUCAUAUAUAGUCACUCGCGCAAAGGACGCACUAAAUGAAUGGAGUUGUAUGCAACGAGCAAAGGCACCAAUCCACAACAAAAAUUCCGAGCACGCUUGGAUCAAACCACCGGUUGGCAUGAUCAAAUGUAAUGUAGAUGCAGCUGCUUUCGACAAUAACUCUGUUAUGGGGUAUGGUAUGUGUUUCCGUGACUCUAUGGGUGUAUUAUUACUUGGCAAAUCAGACUUCUACUACUCAUCAGCCACUGUUUUAGAGGCUGAGUCUUUAGGCCUUCUAGAUGCUAUCAAAGUGGCUAUCUCACAUGGAAUGCGUGACAUCAUGUUUGAGACCGAUUCAAAAAUCUUAUCUGAUGCUAUUGCCGCCGCCACUAUUCCCAUCAACGAGUUCGGUGAUCUUGUAACUCAUUGUAGAAGGUUACUUCUUAGUAGACCCGACUUUGUAGUGUCGUAUGUUAGGAGGCAAGCAAAUAGAGUUGCUCAUAAUAUUGCUAGAGCAUCACUAUCUCACCCUAGCCCCCAUAUCUUUCAUCAUGUAACACCUACUUUGUAUCCGUUAAUUUUUAAUGAAAUGAACUAA